CCGGCCCCGCCGCCGCCCGCGGGCUUUGGAGCCCGGCAACGCCGCUCCGAGGCGCCGGGGGGGCCGGGGAGCCGCCGAGAGUCACCGAGACGCCGGUUCCCUUGGRCAGCAGCGGCUGAUGUGGAGAAGCUCCGAGCGGGGUUUUGGGCCUGGUGGGCGCAGGGAGCCGGAGGAGGAAGGAGCAGGGAAGAGCCGUGAGCAGCAGUGCAGGCGCUGCGGAGCUCCCUCCGGCAGAGCCCCUCCGGCAGAGCCCCUCCGGCAGAGCCCCCCCGGCAGAGCCCCCCCGGCAGAGCCCCGCCGGCAGAGCCCCUCCGUGAUCCAUUCUGCAUCCCAAGCCCGGCCGGAACCUCGCUCCAUCAUCCCCCCAGCUCAGCCCGGCGCUCAUAGGGACCCAGGAUGUGGUGUCAGAGGCUGGCGUGGCUGCUCCGGGGGCCGUGCCGGCAGCGUGGGAUCACCGGACGUCGCUGGUCGUGGCUGCCCCAGGACCCUGKGCCCAUCCUGGCCACCCCGGUGCGCUGCCACCCCACAGCCACAGAGUCAGCCCAGUGUGUGUGGCAGCUGCACCGGGACCAUCUCGAGCUCAGGUAUGGGAACACCCUGAUGCGCCUGGAUUUCGUGUGGCUGCGGGACCACUGCCGCUCCGCCUCCUGCUACAACGCCAAGACCAACCAGCGCAGCCUGGACACGGCCAGCGUGGACCUGGCCAUCCGGCCCCAGGCUGUCCGGGUGGAUGAGACCACGCUCUUCCUCACUUGGCCGGAUGGACACGUGACACGGUACGGGCUGGAGUGGCUGGUGAAGAACAGCUACGAGGGGCAGAAGCAGCAGGUCAUGCACCCCCGGAUCCUCUGGAAUGCUGACAUCUACCGGCAAGCCCAGGUCCCCUCUGUCGACUGCCGGAGCUUCCUGGAGACGGACGCGGGGCUGAAGGAAUUCUUGCAGAACUUCUUGUUGUAUGGGAUUGCUUUUGUGGAGAAUGUCACUCCCACCAAAGAGGACACGGAAAUCUUGGCAGAGAGGAUCAGCAUAAUCAGGGAGACCAUUUAUGGCAGGAUGUGGUACUUCACCUCCGACUUCUCGCGGGGAGACACMGCCUACACCAAGCUGGCCCUGGAUCGGCACACGGACACCACCUACUUCCAGGAGCCCUGUGGCAUCCAGGUGUUCCACUGCCUGAAGCACGAGGGCACGGGCGGGCGGACGCUGCUGGUGGAUGGGUUCCACGCAGCCGAGCAGGUGCUGCGCCAGGCCCCGGAGCACUUCCAGCUGCUCACCAAGGUGCCCCUCAAACACGAGUACGUGGAGAACGUGGGCGGCUGCCACAACCACAUGAUCGGAGUGGGACCGGUGCUCAACGUCUACCCCUGGAACAAUGAGCUUUAUCUCAUCAGGUACAACAACUACGACCGUGCCGUGAUCAACACGGUUCCCCAUGACGUGGUGCGCCGCUGGUACCACGCACACCGCGCCCUCACCGCCGAGCUCCGCCGGCCCGACAACGAGCUCUGGGUCAAGCUGAAACCCGGCAAGGCCCUSUUUGUGGAUAACUGGCGCGUYCUGCAUGGCCGGGAAGCAUUCACRGGRUACCGGCAGCUUUGUGGGUGUUACCUGACAAGGGACGACGUGCUGAACACUGCCCGCCUGCUGGGGCUCCAGGCCUAGCCCAGCAAAGAGCAAGGCAGCCCCCAGUGCCACCUCUGGGAGAGGCUGGCAGCCUGCAGUCCCACUUGUGGGAGAAGCUAGCAGACCCCAAUCCUAUCUCUGGGGAGAGUCUGGCAGCCCUCCCAGUCCCACCUGUGUGAGAGGCAGGAGGCAGGAGCCCUGCAAUCCCAGUUCUGGGAGAGGCAGGAGCCCUCCAGUCCCCCCUCCCCACCAGGCCAGGUGAGCUGGUACCUCCCCCUGUACUCCAGGCCCUCCAUGCUGGUGCCUCACGUGACAAUGACACUGCACUUACCUCAGACACCMGCCCCUCUCCCAGCACCUGCAGGGCCUGCCCAGGGCAGGGAGAGGGAGCAGGUGGAAGCCAAAGGUUGUGGGACCAUUUCUUGGGAGCACACUGUGCCGUAGAGCGCAGUCAGCUCUUGCUGUCYGUGCUCCCAGCCUGCUCCUCCCAGCCAGCGUGGCUCAGCUGUGGUUAAUCCCACCACGGGAAGUGCUCCUCCAAGCAAGUGCCUUCAGCAUUUGGAAACUUUGCAUUAUUCCCUGUUUGGCCUUAUUUUCAGCUGCCAGUUUUCAGGUUUUUUUAGCAGACCAGAAUAGAAAUCUCUGGGAUCUUGUCUGAUCCAAGCCAAGCUACCUGAGAGAGGGCCUGCGGAGAUCCUGGUGUACUUUUGGCAUUCCUGAGAAAGUUUAGGUUAGAGAAGGAAAAGGGAAGCAGCAAGAUCURAAUGCUGGGCAGCAGAGAUGACCAUGUCAGGUGAGGGAUGGAAUUCCCACUUUCCCCUUCAGUGCUGCCAUGCUGGUGUUCCCUCUGCCUGUUGAACGGUGCUUGUGUUGAGGGCAUCACACAGCAGCCACAGCAUUUGCUGACAAACUUCCCACUGUGCCUCCUCUUCCAUCCUUCCUUAAGGAACUASUAUUAGGUCAUCCUCACACUCUCUGCUGCAUGAACCUCACUCUUUGGGUUUAUUUUUUCCCAGAAUUGUACUCUCAAUGUAACUCAGAGGUGCCUUUCAUCUGGGAGCUGGGAAAGUAAACUGGGAUCUGGCACACCGAAGUGCCAUAGGGUGAGGAACAAAAGCAAAUCCUGCUGUUACGGAGUUUUUCAUUCUGUCCUAUCUUUUGCGGUGUUCCUCUACUCUGACCAGACCUUAAAGCAGGGCUGGCUUCACCCCUGGCUUUGCUGUGWGAGGUGCUCCAUGUCCUCAGGUAGGGGCAGUUCAGGUACACAGGUGCUGAACUUGCUGUCCUUGUUUAAUCCAAACACUGAAUGUAGAAAUCAUGGUGUCAAAAUAGCCCUGAAAUCUGCCUUUGCUGUGGACUGAGCUCCCUGAUGUUCCCAGUCAAUUCCCUUCCCAGUGCUUCCCAUCCUAGGUGAGUCCCUAGGAGUCAGCAGGGCUCAGGGAUUUCUGAGCCAAGGCUGGGCAAGCAGUGCUAGGUGAGCUGCCCUCUGUCAGGUACAGMUCCUGAUCAGCCUUGGAUCCAGGCAGGAGCCUGGAUUUUCCUCUGGGCAGAGCCAGUUGUGCCAAUUUUAAAACUGGGUGGGAAAAUUCAUCCCCCUCAAGCYACCCCCUUUUCAUCACGGAGGAAAAUACUAGGAAAGAGUUUUAAGUCAGAGUCACAAUUUACUGAAGAAAUUGCAAUGAUCACAACAAUAUUAAUAAAAGAUUGUACAAAAAGAGAAUGGUUUGCCCACAAAAAGGGUAUUUAUCAUGAAAAGGUGUCACCAGACCCCUGGGACAAAGGUGAGAGGUGUCUGUGGUGGCAGUGAUGUGGUCCAGGUGGCAGCUGGGACCUGCGGGGAGUCUCCCUCUGGAGUGAGCCCAGCAAAAGGAAGAGGAUCCCUCCUCUUCCACCUCCAGUUGUUGAAGGGGACAAAGCCACUCUCUUCCACAACUUAGGAAAGGAAAAAUCGUUCUGCUUGCAGUGUCUCAGCAUUCCCUGCUGGAAACCACCCUCCUCCUCCCAUUGUGACAUUGGGUGGUGUGGAAUAAAGCUUUGCAACUCUGCCCCUUAUCCCUGUGCCCAGGACUUUUCCCACCCCUUAUUCUGUAUGUGUACCUCGUGCCCAGAUUUUGCACCUCUCUGCAGUGUCCCUACACCUCUGCGUGCACAAAACCCUGCACAGGCAUGGGUGGUGGUUUGGCAGUCACUGGCCAUCCCCCAGUUGAGUUUGUUUAGUCUAUGACUGGUGCAGCUGGAGCARUCCGUUCUCAUUGUCUGUGGGAGUUAGGGCUCACAGUGACAGUGCUGUUCAGCCACCAUUAUUGUGUGUGCAAUUCAACAUUCCAGGCUGUUCUCACCAGAAAUCCAGCUCCCUGGAGGGACAUUGUGUUUCCCUGCCCUUCUGCAUCUCCCACCRAKUGCACACARCUCCUUGAACAAAAACAGCCCCUGGGAUAGGUUUGCCUUUGAGGCAGGACUARUCCAAACUCCUCAUAUGCACCACAGGGACUUUUAUCUCCUUCAGAGGUACAUGGAGGUUUGGACUGGGUGGGGCCAGCUCAAAUGGUGKAGCCCUGGGUGUUCACUGACCAGCUGGCCUUUGCUAAAUGCAGCUGCCACUGUUUGAAGGUCUCCCAACCCGAUGCUUUCCAGGUGUCCCCUAGUUCAGCUUUCCCAGGGCUGGUGCCUGACAGGGAAUAUCAAACAUCCACUCGAUCCCAUCUGUGCCCCAGAUGUCCCUGAGGCUGUUUAUGAAAUGUGUCCCAUUGGCUGACUGAGUUCUUUCAGCGCUGCCAUGUCUGCACAGGGCUUGCUUUCCCAGGCCUAGGACAGUGUUGUGGGCAGUGCUGUGAGGCACAGGGUAUGUCUGCAGCCAUCCACUCGUGCCUUCUGCCAUGGUCAGCACGUAACRCUUGCCUUGGUGGAUCUGCAGCAUUGUUAUGUCAGCACUUUUCCCAGAGUCUCCCCAUGUUUGUAUCUCCACCAUCAUCCCCCACACCCCCUGCAGAGGCUUUACUUGUCCUGCUGAGAUCAAUCUCAGCACGUGUUCUAGAGUAAUGGAUAAAUUGGGAAAUGGUGUCCAUGGCUAAAUCCACCCCUCGGUCACAAGGCCAUGUUGCAUCUCCUAAUGCCCUGAGGUGUCCUGGGCCUAAUGAGUUAGAAAUUAACUCACCCUUGUGUUGCCAGUCCAGACCCACCUGUGCCAUUCCAAUCUUACCAGCCCCAUCCACCCCUUUGUUUCUGUGAUGCUCUCAUUGUCUGACCCUGGGCACCCAGUGGAGUUCCACGGUCAGUUUAUCCGCUCAAGCACACCCCUGGGCAGCCCAGGCAAGUUUCCCUCAGCGCUGACAAUCRGCCUUUCUCCACCAUGCCAGCAACUCCCAAGAGCGCUUACUCCCCUCCAUGAGCCAGUGUAGAGGGAGCGGGUUGGAUGGGCAUUUCUCUUGCUCAGUGAUAUGCAAACCCAGCUGGAAGCUCUCAAGGAUCCACCUUGUCCCCCGGUAGCUCCUGCCCCUCACCUUGUAGGGCUGCAUAURGCAGCUUUCCAUGGUCAGCGUGUCCCUGCACCAGGGCAGUAACCAUCCAUGAGGAGAUCGGUCACUAUUAGUCUUCUGGGAGCUGGUUAURUGGCAGGGCCUCCUCUGCACACAUCACUUUUCUUCCUCUGAUAAUGAUAAUAAUCCAAGAUUUUUGCCUUCAGGCUAGUUGGUAAUGACAUCCAAGAUCCCUGACCUGGGAUUUCCUGUAUGAGCUUGCAGUGUGAUCAGAGCAAUCCACUUGCUGCACAUGGCAUUGGUGCCWCGUGUGGAAGGGAUUUUCYCUUUGAACAUCCAGCCCAGCACUGGCAGUCAGGGUGCCARGAGAAUUCAGUGCCAAUCACUUCUGAGGCAGCUCCARCCCCUUCAUAAGCUGCCAGGAUCUCUUUUUCAGCUGGGGUGCAACAGGCCUCAUGCUCUGUAUCCUCAGAUCCAGGACCCCAGGGGUCAUCCUUGAGUYUCUUCAGAGGCUCCAGGACCUGUUGGAGCUCCAGUGUGAGCUGGACUCAAAGGCACUGAGUGGUGCCACAGUUGAUACUGCCACAAACCAAAGUAAAGUCGAGGCACCUGCAUAGGAGAUCCAACUUUUAGGAAUWAAAUGGCAAGAUGGACAUCAUCAGAUCCCAAUGGAUGUUAUUAAUCAGACAAGAGCRAUGUCUCYACCAACUAAUAAGAAAGAAACACAAGCCCUKUGAGGUGUGGGAUUUUGGAGAACGCACAUUCCAAAUUACAGUUGGGUGGUCAGCCCUCUGUCCAGUGAGCUGGAAGAAUGAUUUCAAAGGGGGCCCUGAGCAGUGACAGUUCCUUCUGUAGCACUCAGGCCAGCCCAGGCAGGGCAAGAUGUAAACAAUGUUAUUUAUAGCGCACUGGGCAGAAUGGUCCUACCUGGAGCCUCCAGCAGGAAGCACCAGGG